UGCCCCGUGCGCAGGGAGCUCUACUCACAGUGCUUCGAUGAAUUGAUCCGAGAAGUCACGAUCAACUGUGCCGAGCGAGGGCUGCUGCUGCUUCGGGUCAGGGAUGAAAUCCAGAUGACCAUCGCUGCCUACCAGACGCUGUACGAGAGCAGCGUUGCGUUUGGCAUGCGGAAGUCACUGCAAGCUGAGCAAGGCAAAUCCGACAUGGAAAAAAGAAUUGCAGAGCUGGAAGAGGAAAAGCGGGAGCUGGAAGCACAAGUGAGUGACCAGAAAGCUAAAUGUGAAGCUAUUGAAAAACGUGAGAGUGAGAGGAGGCAGAUAGAAGAAAAGAAACACUCUGAAGAGGUGCAGUUCCUGAAAAAAACCAAUCAACAGCUGAAGGCCCAACUUGAAAGCAUCAUUGCACCAAAUAAGUAG